GAGGAAGAAGAAGAAGAUCACCAUGGCUGCGUCUGACAGCGGAGUGAAGCCUCUUCAAAACGCCAUGAAGAUGGCCAAAGAAGCGAUCCAGCUUGAGGGAGGAAACAGUCAUAAGGAGGCGUACUAUGAGUACCUGCGGACCAUCAACUAUAUAUCACAUGCUCUUUUGGAAGAAGAGAAGAACGAGAUGGUUGCUGUAGAGGUGGAGCGGAUGUUGAGGCUGGCUGAGCAGUGUCUGGAGCGAGCCAAGUCGUUCUUAGCGAAGCGCUCUGAGCCUCCUGACCCUUCCACCUCCACCUGCUGUGCGUCAGCCGGCCAAUUAGAGCCUUUUCAGACAGAGGCUGGUCCUACAUCUGUAAACACUGCUACUGAUAGUCAUUUGGACGCACCUCCCCAAGUGGGCGGCUACACAAAGUCCGGCCACCGCCGAGUUUUGUCAGAUGGUGGCGGAGAGCUCUCCCCGUUUCCUCCUCCUGAAGUCUUCCAGAGAUUGCAAGCUGUGGUCUCUGAGGAGUCAUGCAAAAAGGAUCUGACACCAAUUGAAGAAGCAUCACGUUUAAACCAGAAGCUGAGGGCCAGCUAUGAGGCCCGUGUGGCAAGGCUCACCCCUGGUCAGGUCUACCAGAAGACGUCUUUGACGCUUUCUCUGCAGCGACAGAUGAUGGAGAACAUCAUCAUAGCCAAAGCCAGACAGGAUGCUCUUCAGAGGAAGAUGGAGGAAAGGAGGCUACGGCUACAAGAAGAAGCUAACAGGAGGUUUGCUGCAUCCGGAGCCAUGACUGCAGACGAGCAGGAGCAGCGCCUUCUCUAUGCUAAUGUACUGGAAUAUGAGCAGGAUCAUGAUUGGCCCAAACAGUGGAGAGCCAGCAUAAAGAAGAACCCUGAUUCCUCGUUGGUGUUAGAUUUCCUCUCCUACUUGCUGAGCCAAUCGGACCAUCCACUGGUGAAGCUCCUGAGGAAGCAUCAGUACAGCAUUUACAACAAGCUUUACCCCAUCGUGAGUAAAAGCCUUCCUCAGAGCCCCGCCAUGUUGCUGAGACCCUCACGCAGCGUCCACAGCCUGCUUCUCUCAGAGAGUCACAGGAAGCCGAUCAGAACCACCAGUCCAAGCUUUGGCAGCCACAGCUUCAGCAUCGAUGCCUCGCUCUCCCCUUCGCGCUCUCAUGACGUUCACACAAACUAUGAUGAGGUUGUAGAUGCAGAAGUCGCAGUGGAGCGGGACAACUCCUUUGAGGAUCUGGAGCAGUUCCUGUCCCAGUUGGACUGGGCCUCUCCCAUCAGCAGCCUGGAUGCAGAUGUGACCUGUGACCCCUCCAUGGAGCUGGAUGAAAGCCACUUGGAAGAGCUGGAGCUGAGAGCACUUAAAGAACACCUGAAAGCUAUCGUCAAAGACAUCCAUAUAGCAAUCGAUCAACUGCUCUCCCUGUGUCUGCUUUCCUUUGACUGUUUGAACACGGCCACCUUUAAAGACCUUUGUCUUGGCAGCAUUGAGGAGGCCUUCUUUACGCCUCUGUGGAGCGCCCUGCUGGCUCUUUUUAGGAGAGUCCACAGAGAAAGAGAGCAGCUUUUCGAGAGGAACAUGAGGCUGUUCUGCUGUGCUUCUCCAGCAGAUGUCGGUGUUCCCCUAAAACUGUUUCCCCAGGACCCCCUUGCUCUUAAAGGUUCCUACCCCUAUGAGUCUGCUGUUCAGGAACUGAAGCUCCUGGUUCAGGACUGUUGUCCUCAGAGGAAGCUGGAGUGUGUAGUUCGGACGUUACGCCUGAUCUGUGCCUGUGCUGAGGAUUACAAGUGUCUUCAAGGAGGAGAUCCGACACCCAGAACAGCAGCCAUCGGAGCAGAUGACCUGUUGCCUAUCCUGUCUUUUGUGGCGCUGCGCUGCCAGUGUCCCCAGCUGGUGUCUGAGUGUGCUGCUCUGGAGGAGUUCAUUCAUGAAAGCUAUCUUAUAGGAGAGGAAGGCUACUGUCUCACCUCCCUACAGAGUGCCCUGGCUUAUGUUGAGUCUCUGCAGGCAGAAGAUCAAAUUCCUGAGGUCAAACUUAAGUGAAAAAGCUGCUGCUCAUCAUCUACACCCUUCCUGGCAGUCUAGGCUGUUUAACGGCGAAAUGACUUCUAGUGAUGCAGCUUUCUGCAGGUUCUCCACCCUGUUCCUACCCGGAGGACUUUCAUCUGCUCAGUGUCUGAGCCUGAAGCUGUAAGUUUCCCCCUGACAAAGUCUGAUGCACUAAACCAUACUUCAGACUAAAACCAGCAGUGGAUUAAAGCUCGGGCUGUUCUUGUCUUCCUCGCUAAUUUUUAAUGGUUCCUCUCUGUAAACAUGAUCUGUUUUAACUACUAUGCAUGUUUAAACCCUCUGCACUGAUGAAAAGUUUCAGUUUUCAUCAUAAACAACUGAAGAUUGAGGUGCCUCUAAAAAGGAAAAAAAAAUGCUCAGGCCUUAUCUCAACAGGGCUAUGCUUGUUUCUAACUUAUUUAACAUAAAUUCAGUUGCUGAACUAAGUUAUUCCUCCUCAGGUUGUUUGUAAGAGUUGAACUAUUGGAGCUCAGAAGACAAAAGAUGAAUGUAGUAAAAUGAAAAUGGAUAAGAACAGAAAUGAGUGAAGUUUUUGGCAGAUGCGGCUCUGUGUGAAGGUUUCAGAACCCUUUAGGAAAUGUAGAUAAAAUAUGGGAGUAAUGUUGAAAUACUGCUGUUUUUAUCUGUUUGAAAUUAAGCUCCAACUAAAGAAAGCCUUGGCACUGUCCGAUGUUGUAUCAGUUUCCUGUGAAACACUGAACUGUCUCUGAUUUAUUCUAAGCAGACUGUUUUCUACAUGUUUGAGUUUUAAAACUGAAGAUGGAAUCAGUCCCAUCGAUUUAAAGGAAAAACAGCCCCUCACUUCUCUCUGGCUGGGGGUGGGCGGGGGCUACAGAUGGAUGUGAUGUGUGAUGAAACAAAAACAAUGGCUCAUGGCAGCCAGCAGGUUGGGAGGAGCUGCUGCACCGACUGCGCUCCUGUUUGCUCAGAGAGCAGACCGAGGGAUUGCCGAUUGCAGCGGUUAGUGCGUUUUUUUGUCCUGAAAGCUUUUUAUUUUUUAUCCUGAAUGUUUUUUUUCUACAAGUGGUGAUUUUUAAGCUGUGACAAAGUUUAGUUUUAAAUUCUCACACAUUGGAUUAUACACCUAAACGAUUUGAGUUUGGUUUUUUUAUUCUUGUUUAUUAAGCAAAAAUCAAAUUUUAAGUCUAAAUGUAAUUUCCAAAGAGCCAAAACCUGAUCCCGUUCGGGGUCAGAGGGGCAGAUUGGACUAAAACCCAUUUUUAAUAUUCAGCAACACCAGUAAACUGGUGGAACUGGGAGAAUCUGGUGGUUCCAGGAUUUUAACACGAAAACCCCAGGACGUUUCCUACACCCAGACUGCUUCAUGUUUAGUGUCGUUUAUAUCGGUCAGAAGAUGUAAAAAGAUUGAAAAUCAUGAAGAUUAAAAUGGAUCCAGAUGUUCUAUGUAAUGUAGAGAUGCUGUGAUAAUGUUAUGUGGUGGGAAACUGAUGCUUUAAUGUCAAACCUUACCGAAAAUGUUUACAAUUAUUAAUGUAUGUUUGUGAGAAGAAUAAAUAAAGAAGAUUAAAUGUU